UUAUGAUAUUGGAAUAGCGGCAAUGGAGAUGUCGUACCAAGGAGGGGCGGAGGCCGAGAGCCUUUUGCGACCAGAUCAGAGGAAUGCCGUCGUCAUGCCUGCAGGGGCGAGAGGUUGGGAGGCGGAGGAGAAGGCGCCGUUCCUUCGCAAUGAGCCCGUCAAGCUCACGCCGGCCUGGGAGGGCUCCAACCUUCCCAAUGACACCCUCAACCUCAAAGGUAUAGCCAUGGACCUGACCCCACCAAAGGACCGAUGGCACCUCAUCUACAUAACCCUCUUGAUACACGGGCUCGGCACGCUAACAGCUUGGAAUAUGUUCAUCACAGCCAAGGACUACUUUACCACAUACAAACUGGUUAAUACGUGGUACGAGGGCAAAUACAUGGACUACACGGGGCUCGCCGCACAGAUACCCAACUUCUUGUUCAGCUGGUUCAACGUCUUCGUUAGGAUGGGUGGAAACCUGACCACGCGCAUCGUGUGGUCCCUCAGCAUGGAGGUGCUGAUAUUCGUGUUCACCAUCGUGAUGGCCAUGGUCGACAGCAGCCAGUGGCCGGGGGUCUUCUUCUGGCUGACCCUCGUUUCCAUCUUCUUCUUGAACAGCUGUAACGCAAUCUUCCAAAACUCGGUGUACGGCGUCGCGGCCCGCCUACCGCCGCAAUACACCGGCGCCGUCGUGCUCGGCUCCAACGUGUGCGGAACCCUCGUCGUGCUAGUGGAGUGGGCCUCCGCUAGCAUCGGCGGCAGCAAGCGGACGGCCGCUAUCUACUACUUCAUCGCUGGGAUGUUCGUGCUGCUAAUAUGCUUCGACACUUACUUCGCGAUGCCUUUAAAUAGAUUCUACCGUUACCACGACACGCUACAACAGCGCACGUUACGCGUGAACCCGGCGCUGGCCGCCACAGGACAAGAAGACACAAAUAAGAAAAUACCCUACACAACCAUCCUCCGGCAAUCCUGGGUGCAGCUGUAUAAUAUAUGGCUGGUGUUCUUCGUGUCGCUAGCUGUGUUCCCCAGUGUGCAUUCUGAUGUGAAAGCGAUUACGCCAGGUUUCCUCGGAGACAACUUCAUGAGGCUCACCUGCUUCCUCACCUUCAACCUGACCGCCAUGAUUGGAAACAUCACUGCCAGCUUGUUCCCAUAUCCUACAAAACGCUGGCUAUCCAUCUUCACGACCGCCCGCCUGGUGUUCAUUCCAUUCUUCCUUCUCUGCAACUACCAACCCAAAUUGGAAGGUGGCGUGACGCGGACACUACCUGUGCUGAUCAACAGUGAUAUUGUGUAUUGGGUCGGCGCAGUGCUGCUGGGGUGGAGUUCUGGACAUGGCAGCUCGUUGGGGAUGAUGUAUGUUAGCGGUAUGGUGGCGCCUGAGCACGCGGCCACGGCCGGCAUGCUGGGCGGGGCCACGCUGGUGACCGGCAUCACGUGCGGCCUCAUCUUCGCCUUCUUCGCGCCCGUGCCCAUCGUCACCUCGUCUCUGUGGAGCUCCGCCUAGCGCUGGGCCGACUAUCUCCACGGCCUGUGGACUAUCGUUGUGAGACUUGUCACCCAGUGAUACGGGGAUUAGGCGAGACAGUGCAGUGAUCGGUGUCGCUAGGAUCAAAUACUACGUUACAAUAGUACUAUGAUCGAUGUACUUCGCCUUCUUCGCGCCCGUGCCCAUCGUCACCUCGGCGCUGUGGAGCUCCGCCUAGCGCUGGGCCGACUACCUCCACGGCCUGUGGACUAUCGUUGUGAGACUUGUCACCCAGUGAUACGGGGAUUAGGCGAGACAGUGCAGUGCUCGGUGUUGCUAGGAUCAAGAAAGUGACAGUGUUCGCAGUAAUCGGUGUUGCUACGAUCAAGAGGGUGACAGUGUUCGCAGUGAUCGGUGUUGCUACGAUCAAGAGAGUGACAGUGUUCGCAGUGCUCGGUGUUGCAAUAAAUAUUACGUCACACUACUCUAAUGAUCGUUGUACAGUGAGCUACGAAAUUGCAUGGUGAAAUUGUGAAUGAAUUCAUGGAUAAAGUCGCCAUUCACGUUUCCAGCUGAUGGUGCGACAACAGUGUUACUAUGUGACUGUUACGAGGGUUCGCCAUUUAAAAUAUAGAACAAAUCCGAUCAACUCUUAAAGCUAGUAAUCUAGUGACAACUGCAACAGUGACGACCGAGAUCAUAUCGUCCCCUGCCUAGUAUACGGCUACAUCUCAAAAUGUAUGAUCAUUGGAGGUUCAAUCUUAAUUAAAAAUAAUAAAGUUAUUCCAAUAAUCAUAAAUUUGGUUGUGGCCAUAUAGUAGGCAGGGGACGAUAUUAGCAUCCUUUUCACACCUCCGAUCAUGGAAGUAUAAAAGAGAAAUUGUACUACCCCGAUCGUUGAUUUGCGGGUAGUAGCUAUUUGACCACUUAUUAAUAUUUACUUGACAUCCUACUUCCAUAUUACAUCUAAAACUUUUGUGAACUAUAUUCGUCACACUAAGAGUCACGAUUCAAGGAUGUUCGACUAAACGGGGUUUAGUGUUAAAAGAGUCGCCUUUUUAAAGGUACUUACUGUUGAUAUUAUGUAUGGUGCGUAUUUAUUAGUUUUAAUUAUUAAUACUGGAUAUUAGUAAAUGAUAAAAACUAUUAAACAAAGCAAAAUUGCCCAGUUGCAUUGUUCCAUAUUACUAAUAUAUGGAAAUAAUAUUUUUUUAUCAUUUAUUAAUGUGUACUUUUACCAUUUAAUAUUGCUAAUACACACUGAAAAGCAUUGGAACGUUUACAUUUUGUAGUAAUUCCAUACAAAGUGUAGUUUAAUCAAUGGUUAUAUAAAUUUCAAAUACGUUUAUUGUUAUUGAGUUAGAAGCAGUUAUGUUGCAAGGAAAUUGAAAGAUGCUAUUAAAGAUAGGAAUAAAACUAGAAUGUAUGAAAGUAAAUAUGUUAAAGACAAACAAGAAAGGAUUUUAAAGUGGUGUAUUAAAAUGUGUGUUGCUACUUAAAAAAAAAACUAGAAUCUGUCAAAUAAAAUGAAUAAGUAACUCUGUCAUAUAUAUACUGUGAUGAAAUUGAAUUUAACUAGUUUAAAUAUCCUUAGAAUCUCUUAAUUUAUUUAACUGGUUCGCUUUGGUUAACACUGUUGGUUCUUAAUUGUAUUAUUUAACAUCUUUGUACACAGUUAAACAAAAAUUUUUAUUUUAUCUCUAAAUCAAACUUAUCCAUAAAAAAAGGAAACACUUUUUGUAACUAGCAACAUUUUAAAAUCUUUUCUUGCUGUUUGCUAUUAUUAGACGGAUAUAAGAGCGAAAUUAUGACAUAUUCAGAUAAUUCAUAAUCGAAAUUAAAUAAGGUGUAUAUAUUGAGAAGCAAAUGGCAUGGGAAUUAAAUAUAAUACAAUGUAUAUACAAAAUAAAUUAUCGUAAGAGGAAUGGGCUCGAAGACAGUCUUGCCAGACGAUAUUAAGAGUACACAAGAGGAAUGAAAAUGGGUAUAAUUAUAUUUUCCGAGGAAUUAAUCUCUGAGGAAAUUAAAUUGUCUUGGAUAAGAUUCGAACCUGCUAGCUUCAGCCACACUAAAGCGGUCUACUUAGUACAAUGGCGAUCAAAAGUGCAUGGAUAAAUGUCGACCGUAAUGCCUUAAUAUUACGGUUGAAACAUGUCCAUACAUUUUUGAACGCCAGUGUACCUACGCAAGACGUGAAUUUAAAUUAAAUAUUACCCUAAUUAUACCCAUUAUUAUUACUUUUGAAUAAUUCAUGCUUGUGCUUCUAUAUAAUGACUUAUGGAUAGUAUAAUGACAGUGUUUAUAUACGCCUGUCUUGUAUAUGAUAUACAUAAUGUUAAGUUUGUAAGUCGAUAGAAAAAUUUAUCAUAGUUAGUACAAAGCAGUUGAAUUCGCAAGAAAAGGCUAUGUUGCAAGAGAAAGUUAUAAAAUGUUAUAAUUACUUUAAUUUGAAAUUUGAUUGACUUAAAAAAAAAUAUUUUAUCCAGAUUUUCGUUAAAAUUCCAGUAUUUAAUUUCGUGAAAUUUUGUUUUAAAUUGUCAUAUUAUAUGAUUGCAGUUUUUAGUUAAGGAAUAAAUAAGGUUUCGUGGGAUAAGUGCGCCUUUUCUAGAAAUAUAAGCUCGUAACAGAGGUACUUUCACUGUAGGUACACAGAGUCUAUUUGAUUUUGGAAGUUCCUUUUACCUGUUCUUGUAUAUCUGUAAAGGGCGUCACAGGUGAAAUUAGUUAACCAUUGCAAAAACGAGGCAAAAAUAUGGAUUGACCAAAUUAACCAAAAUAAAACAAAUAUCAUCUUUAUAAUAAACAUAUUCAUUAUAAAGAUGACCAGGGCUCGAUCAUGCGGAUGACGUAAAAAUGACGUGAUUUUGCACACAGGAUGACGUUUGUAUUUAAUCUUUCGUGUGACAUGAUGUCGCACGAAAUAACAAAAUUUGAAAUCAUCCUUUGAGUGGUUUGACGUCAUCCGCAUUAAUUUUUCGAGCCCUGAAGAUGACAUUUGGAUUUUUUUCUGUCUUUAUCUGUACCCUACCUAACCUUACCAAACGCACACUGUUUUUUAUUAAAUAACUAACUGUAUUACGCUAAUCUAAUAUAAUAACAGGCAAGUGAAUGGCACAUAUAUAAUCAUAUAUAUCUAUAGCCGACUGCCUGAUUAAGCUUUGACUACAAUUAUAGUAGUUUAUUUAAGUAUAGUUUAAACAAAGGGACUCCAGUUAAACUAGAUUGUCAAAGUACAAGAUUAGUCACAAUUUAUUUGUAUUUUUUUAUAUUUUUGGUUACAAUUAUAUAAUCGAAAUACAUAGUUUAAUUGUAGUGCCUUUUUUGAACACUGGCUGGAUUCCUCAUAACAUAUUUUGGGUAUGUUUUAUAGACUGAGCUAAUGUUAUGUUAAGUAAUUAAUAUGGAUUAGAUUAAGGUUUAAUCUGAUGAGGAAGGGUGCCCGUUGACUGUUGUGUUCAGUAUGUUUGAGACCAAAUAUCUUUUUUUUUAUAUUAGACGCAUCCACACAGAACGGGCCGCCUCGAAAGGAAUUUGCCGCGCCAAGCAGCAGUCUGUGUAGACAUGGCUCGCCGGAGGCAUUUGACUCGCGAGGCGUUUCGUUCUGUGUGUACCCUGCCUAUUAACUAGAAAUGUGAAAGUAAUUCGUUUUCCUGCCUAUUAACUAGAAAUGUGAAAGUAAUUCGUUUUACUUGUAUCACUGAAAAUGUUAAUUCAUAGGUGAAAUGCAUUUUACUAUUUUGUAUUUCCAGUAAAUUUAUUGUACAUUGUACCGUCGAUGACACAAUUAACUGAUUAUUUGUAACCCUUAAUGCAUUGACUUAAGGUCGAAAAGGAUCAGUUGAGAGUGUUUUAGUACUUGAUUAUUUUUAGCAACGAACGUGUUCGCCUGAUUUGCGUUUCGACAUUUUAAGUUGUGAGUUUUUCAUGUGAUAGUAAAUGUUUUUUAUUUA